AUGUCGUCUGACGCUGCGCUCACUCAGAUCCUGGCUCAGUUGAAUGCGCUCCAGGUGUCGCAGCAGACUCUCCAGGCAAAGAUCGAUGCCCUCACCGCUGCCAAGGAUAAUGCGCCCGUGCCCAUGACCCCGCCGUCUCACAAUGAUGCCAUUCCAGAUUCCCCGUCGCGGUCUCUCUCCAGUUUUGCCGGAUCCCCGUCGUCAACACCUAACAAGAUUUCUCUUGCGUCUUCGACGCCUGUCGUAGGCACCCCGCCUCUGCAGUCCGAUGAUAAGGAGCGCGAGAGAGCGCUAUACCCCGGACGCGUCCUACUCACCACCUAUCCCGAUCAACACGGUAUCAAGCCCUUCCCCCUCCAAUGGGGCGCCGCCGACCCCAAAGUCCGCGGCCCGGUCAUCUGCUCGCGCCUGCCGACCUCCAUCAAGCAGCGCAACGCCCUCGGCGCACACAGCGGCUCCUACUCCAUCUACCGCGCACUGUCCAUCGCGAUGGGCUCGCUCUCGCCCUCGCACAAGCCCGACUACUCCAAGACCGAACCCCCCGUCGACAUCCCGCCGCAGCCGGCGUGGGCGGACCCGACGAAGAUCGUGUCGUUCGAUCCGUGGGGCCACUUGGUGCCGCAGGUGUACAAGCACGAGGUCGACGAGCUGGGGCUGGAUGUGAGGCCGAGUAUUGCGGUUACGAAGGCGCAUAUCAAGUUGAGCGAGAUUGAUGAGGCUGCGAAGAGGGGCGAGAUCGAGGUGGACGGCAAGAUUGUGAUAAAGACGAAUCCGCUGAGGAAUGCGGAUGGGACGGAGAGUGCUCUGGAUCCGGGUGUGGAGAUUCAUGUGAGCAAGGCGGCGGUCGAGCCGGUGUGGUAUCUGCCUGGUGUCGCUGAGCGUUUCGGCAUCUCAGAGACUCUUCUGCGUCGUGCGCUCUUCGAGGACACUGGAGGGAUGUACCCCGAACUCAUCACCCGACCCGAGAUCAAGGUCUUCCUCCCGCCCAUUGGCAACUUGACCGUUUACAUCUUCGGUAACCCCGCAUUCAUGUAUGACGAGUCUAAGGAGCUCACCCUGCGUGUCCACGACGAAUGCAAUGGCUCGGACGUGUUCGGCUCCGACAUUUGCACGUGCAAACCCUACCUCGUGUUCGCCAUCGAGGAGUGCAUCCGCACCGCACAGCGCGGCGGUGUCGGCGUUGUCAUCUACUUCCGCAAGGAGGGCCGCGCGCUCGGCGAAGUCACCAAGUACCUCGUGUACAACCUGCGCAAGCGCGGUGGCGACACGGCGGACAAGUACUUCAAGUCGACGGAGCUCAUCGCCGGCGUCAAGGACAUGCGGUUCCAGGCGCUUAUGCCCGACGCUCUGCACUGGCUCGGGAUCAAGAAGAUCGACAACAUGGUGUCCAUGUCGGAUAUGAAAUACGACGCCAUUGUGCAGUCUGGCAUCCCGAUCUUGAAGCGGUACGAUCUCCCCGAGCACCUUAUUCCGCCCGACUCGCGCGUCGAGAUCGACGCCAAGAUCGCAGCGGGAUACUUCACGAGCGGCAAGCAGGUCACCGAGGCCGACCUCAUCAAGACCGUCGGGCGCACCUGGGAGGAGACCGAGCAUUGA